AAAAUCAUUUUUGAUCAAAUAAUGAGCUUGGCAUCUGAAAGAGCAAAACAGAACUCAAGUUGCCUCCCUUAUCCUCUUCUCAUUUUUCAAUUGCUUAAGUCAUAGGGACUUGAAGUCACAAAUGAAGAGGAACCUACCCCUCCACUGCUUCAAGUUGACUUAAGGCAUUUUGAAGGGAAACAUCAUAAUGACAUGGUGCAAGUUGAAGACCAAAAGGCAGCCCCAGCAUUUCUCCAGUCAGUUUUCUGCAUUCAUUAGGGCUGAAAUCAAACUCUUGCAAGAGAAAAUUGACAAGCACAAGGAGAUGAUCAAGGGAGCUGAAGUGAAGAAGAAGAAAUGGGCCAUUAUUCUCUCUUCACUAGAUGCCACUCAAAAGGAAGCUGCACAAACUAGCACAGUGAAUGAAGGGGCGGAAAUUGACUCGAGAUCCGCAUUCCAGCUCUCCCAGGGAGGUCUUCCGCUGGGUCUCCAGAGCCACGCCGGCCGAGAAUCCGGACGAUACAGUGUCGAAUUCCGUGACGGUGAGACAGGUGCCGUUGGCCGCGAUGCUGUCCCCGAGGCCGACGCCUCCGAGGACGGUUUCGCGCUGAUCUUCAAGGGGAAAUAUAAAAAAAAAACCAGCAGCAAGUCUCUUGCCGCUGCCAUUGAGAAGGACACCGCCGCUUGGUCAACCAAGCGCCGCAGCAGAGGAGAUCCUCAGGAGCGAAGGAGAGUCACCGUCGCGUCGAGCGCCUGGUUGUUCAACGCGAGAACGAGAAGUGUGUCGCCUAGGGUUUUUCGGAUCUGUGCCUGCUCAGCCGCCGGGAAGGGAGAUCUGAGGUCUGAGAUUUCCGUUGUCCGAUCUAAGAGCAUCUGUUUUUCCGCUGGAGAUCUAAAGGAGUCGGAUCGCACACAGAGGAGAUCUUGAAAUUGACAAUUUGAUCGGAUCCCGCCGUUGGUUCGAGAAGGAGAACCGCCACGCAGAUCGCGAGUCGCCGUCGUCCAGGUAAAGGCAGCCGCACAGUAAGGAGCAGCCGCCGCCGUCUCCCAGUCGCGACUCCGUCAUAAGUGCCUCUGCAAUUCCGAAUUGGUGCCGCUGCAAUUUCGACUGUGCAUCAGAUCCCAUGGCCAAUAAAAAAAACGGCCAGAGUCAAUUUUUGUCAGCCUCCUCUAUUUUAUUUUGUUGUGGUAGUGGAUUAAACAAGUAGGUUUAAU